AUGUCUGGGCAAUAAGGACUGUCCCGUCGAUAAGAGGCGGCGAAACAGGUGUCAAUUCUGUCGCUUUCAGAAAUGUCUGUCCGUAGGAAUGGUUAAAGAAGUGGUUCGAACUGAUAAUCUGAAGGGCAGAAGAGGUCGAUUGCCAUCAAAGCCCAAAUCGCCUCAGGAGUCGCCCCCAUCACCACCCGUCAGCACAAUAACAGCUCUGGUGAGGGCACACGUGGACACGACUCCCGAUUUGGCUAACUUGGACUACAGUCUCUUCAAAGAGUCGAGUGAUUUGAGCGAAAAGAAUUGUGGCCCUGAAUAUAUUUCACAGUUUUAUAGCGUUUUAAUGUCAUCUCUCGAUGUUAUCCACUCUUUCGCCGAAAAAAUCCCCGGAUUUGCAGAUCUCGACAAAUCCGAUCAAUCAUUACUUUUUCAAUCGGCAUGUCUUGAGUUAUUUGUGCUGAGGAUGGCCUACAGAAUGCAAUCAAAUGCCGAUCGGUUCACGUUUUGUAACGGAGUUGUGUUGAGUAGACAUCAGUGCGAACGGAGUUUCGGCGACUGGUUGUCCGCAAUCAUCGACUUCUCACAACAUCUUCGGCUCAUGGAGUUAGACAUCUCUGCGUUCGCCUGUUUAUGCGCUCUCACUCUCGUCACCGAGAGGCAUGGGUUGAAAGACGCCCACCGCGUGGAACAGUUGCAGAUGAAGAUCAUAAACUCCCUCAAAGAUCACGUGACAUACAAUAGUGAGGCACAGAAGAAACCGCACUAU